GGGCUAAUUAUUAUAGAUGUACCUAGUUAAUAUUCAUGAGAGGUGGAGCAACCACUCCCACGUGCAAACACGUGACUAACGGAGGGAUGGGUCGUGUAAUGAAGAAAAGUAAAGGAGGAGGAGGGAGUAAGAACAGAAGGAGCAGUAAUGGCGGGAAUUCUUUAAAGAAAUCAAACUCAAGCACUAACCCAGACAGGGUAUCAACUGGUAAGCACAUGAGCAGAGACAAGUCAACAAUCAAACGUCUUCAGAUGUACUCCAAAGGAGGGAAGGUUAUCAGGAAUCAUAAAGGCCAUGUUGUUAAACCAGCUCCUUUUCAAUCAUCAGUGAAGUCAGGAGAAGUGGCGAGAGUACAGCCUAACAGCAAGUGGUUCGGUAACACUAGAGUCAUCGGCCAGUCUGCUUUACAAAAGUUUCAAGAAGAAAUGGGAAAAGUCAUGAAAGAUCCAUAUAAGGUUGUAAUGAGACAAACAGGACUGCCAAUAUCACUGCUUAAUGAAAAAAGCAAAACUGCUCGGGUACAUGUGUUAGAUACUGAGAGUUUUGAGAACACCUUUGGACCUAAGGCUCAGCGUAAGAAGCCACACCUUAAAUCCAGUAAUUUAGAGGACAUGCUUGAACAGGCCCAGUCCAGUGCAGAACAAUACGACUCUGAAAAAGAUAAAGAUCUUGAUACACAAGAACCAGAAUACAAGUACGAGGAUAGGGAACCGAUAUUCAGCAAAGGACAGUCAAAGAGACUCUGGAAUGAACUGUACAAGGUGAUAGAUUCUUCAGAUGUUGUUAUUCAAGUACUGGACGCUAGGGACCCUCAAGGUACCAGGUCUAGACACAUUGAGGAGUUCCUCCGUAAAGACAAACCUCACAAACACCUGAUAUUCAUUCUUAAUAAGUGUGACCUGGUCCCAACGUGGGUCACAACCCGCUGGGUGGCACUCCUCUCCAGUGAAUACCCUACGCUUGCCUUUCACGCCAGUUUAACUAACUCUUUUGGUAAAGGAUCUCUCAUUAACCUCUUGAGACAGUUUGCUAAACUUCAUAAAGACAAGAAGCAAAUUAGUGUUGGUUUCAUUGGGUAUCCUAACGUUGGAAAGAGCUCUAUCAUUAAUACUCUUCGUUCUAAGAAAGUUUGUAAUGUAGCACCAAUUGCUGGAGAGACUAAGGUGUGGCAGUACAUCACUUUAAUGAGGCGUAUUUAUUUAAUUGACUGUCCGGGCGUGGUCUACCCAACUAAUGACACUGAUACUGACAUUGUACUUAAAGGAGUCGUUCGUGUAGAGAAUAUUAAAGAACCUUCAGAGCACAUUCCGGCAGUACUGGACAGAGUAAAGACCCAGUACCUCCAGAGAACCUACGGAGUUUAUGAGUGGAACGAUCAUAUUGAGUUCCUAGAGAAAGUAGCUAAGAAGAGUGGAAAAUUAUUAAAAGGAGGUGAUCCUGAUAUUAACACUGUGUCAAAGAUGAUUCUGAAUGAUUUCCAGAGAGGAAAGUUGCCGUAUUUUGUAAGACCUUCAACGGACAAGGAUAAAGACGAGGGUGUAUUUGAAAAUGCAGAGGAAGAACUAACUGAAGGAGAGAGUUCUUUAGUGCCAUCCCUCAUGAAUCUAUCAAGAAGAGCCUGCACUCUUUAUGACAUUAACUGUGAUGGACUAGAGGAGGUGGGGUUUAAUGAAACAGCCUCUAUUAAUAGUAACGAUCAAGAAGGAGGUGUGGCUUCAGAAUCUAUUAAUAGUAACAGUAGUGAUGAAGGAGAUGUAUCUAUAAAUAUUAAUGCCAGUGAUGAAGGAGGUCCUUCAGUUAGUAACAGUACUGGUAGACCAGCACCAGCUGGACCUCAUGUGACAUUAUCAGAUCAGUACAACCCGUUACUGGAACAGCACUCAAUGCAUCAUGGGAUCAAAUCAUUAUUGAAUAUUAUUAAACCUCCUAUUGCUCCUAAAGUUAAUGAGCCUAUAGAGGAAGGAACUGAAUCUCAGGAUAUUGUUAGUAAAUUCACUGAUUCCGCUGAUCAAAGAGUUGAGACUGAUCAAACAGAAGCUGAUACCAAUCAGAGUACUGAUGAGGUCCCUUUAGCCGAUCAGGAGGAGGAGGAAGAGGUCAGUGAUGAUAAUGGAGGGAGUGCCCUAUCCUUACCAGCUGUGUAUUGCUGUGGGCAAUACUUGGAACUGGAUCAAGACACAGAGACACUCCCCUCACCUCCUCCUCCUCCUGUUGAGAGGUGGAAUAAAAGAUAUCAUGAACAGCUUUCAACUGAUAGUGACUCACCAAAGAGGAUUAAAGGUACUUGUUCUGGUGAUGUUAUUAUAGUUGAUGUUCGGGCGGAGCAUGACAAGAGGAGGAGAGAGUUUAAGGAAAGUCUUAUUCUCUCCUCCACUGAUCAUGAACCAGGUACUGCUACUGGUACUGCUAUGGGUACUGCUAUGGGGAAAAGAAGGGAAGGGGGCAGUGCUGAUGGUAAAAGGGGUGUGGCUAAGGCACCGUUCUAUUCAAUGACAAUUGAUGAGUCAGCAGUUACUGUUGUUGAGAUGCCACGAGCAAUGAAGAAGAAACCAAUAGCUAAAGAGGUUGUUGUGAAGAAGAGGAAGAGAUUAGAGAGAAGAGGAGGGAGCAGUGAUGAAGAGACUGUCAAGAAGAAGGUUAGCAGGAAGGAAGAGAAGAGACAGAAGUUGAAGAAGAAAGGAUUUUACAAUUUAGUGAAUGUUAAGAAUAAGAGGAGGAAAGAAAAAUGAAAGAAUUACAUGUAUAAUAAAAAUUGAUU